AUGGAAGAAGAUGCUACAGCCCACCGACGCGGCCCCUGGUCUGGAAACGAAGACGAAUUUCUUAUGCAGCUCGUUAAUCAACAUGGACCACUCAAUUGGGUUCGCAUUUCCACCACGCUCGGUACCCGAACUCCCAAGCAAUGCCGCGAGCGCUUUCAUCAAAAUCUGAAGCCGUCGCUAAACCACGAGCCUAUUACCGCCGAGGAAGGAAUUCAAAUUGAAAGACUGGUUGGGGAAAUCGGCAAGCGAUGGGCAGAGAUUGCACGUCGUCUACACGGCCGCAGUGACAACGCUGUCAAAAAUUGGUGGAACGGCAGCCAGAAUCGCCGCAAGAGAUAUGAUCGCCGCCGUAAUGCCAAUGCUAUUGGUAGUGAAGGGUACUAUCGCCGAUCUGCUUCAAUCAGUGGUGCACCCCCUCAACUGCCACUGCCGAAUCCUAUGCAGUCUCCGAUUGAGCAACACCGCCAGCAUGUCCCUUGGUUGGACGCACCUCUACCGUCACCUUGCUCGUCUGAGUCGCCCGACGCUGACGGUUAUCAUUACACCACAUCGUCGCCUCAUCGAACUGCCAACCUCUCACGUCACAUCAAGAAUGAGCUGCCUCCAAUAAGAACUUUGACUGACGGGCAUCAUGUCGGCCCUAUGCCCAGUGGUGCUCUGCCAGGCUUUAGCUCCUUCGAUCAACAGUCAAGCGAUAACGAUACGCACAGGCGGCAACAUCUGCUUACAGCACCGAACUCUCCGGUUCAACAGCAGCCGGUUGCCGACAAGGUACGAGAUUCGAGAAUUUCCGUAUCGUCUCUACUGCACUGA